UAGUUGUGAGUUAAAGGCUGUUUCGCGGGCGCUUGGAACCGUGAGAGUUGGCGUUGUUUUUGUUUGGUUCCCGUGUGAAUGAAUGUACGUCUGCUUCGCCAGAGGAGCCUCCUCCUUUGUCUGGAGCCGUUAUGGAGGCAACGUUCUCCUCGGCUCCAGGCGAGUCGUUAGGGCCCUUAUAUUCUGCACUCGGCCCGAGUGGCGGCGUCACCGAACGAGCGCGACUUCCAGGACGCCGUUUUGAGGCGGCGACUACCGCCCGCGACAUUAAAUCCGUCAUUGCGAGGCUGCGGCUCGCGGCGAGGCUCGGCGCAUGCGGCUUACGCCGCCGUUCGUUCGCGCGCGCUUCCCUCCGCCGUCAGUCAUCUUAGCUUCGCGCGCUCGGCGGAAAAAGUACGCGGUGAUCAGCGCGCGGAAGCCCGAAAAAAACGAUCGAAAACGGCUUCAUUAUCGAAACAUUCAUGUAAACUGUUCGAAAACGGGCAGUAUUUAGCGAAGGUCUUGCUCUUGUGGUCGCUCGCUUCUUACGCGCCCCGGCGGAGAUCCUCCGACAUCUUUUUCCAUCAGCUUGAGAGGAGCUACAAGUCAUGUCUGGUAUAGCUUUAAGCAGACUGGCACAGGAGCGAAAGGCCUGGCGAAAGGACCAUCCUUUUGGAUUUGUGGCAGUUCCAACCAAAAAUCCAGAUGGAACCAUGAACCUGAUGAAUUGGGAGUGUGCUAUUCCUGGAAAGAAAGGGACUCCCUGGGAAGGAGGGCUGUUUAAACUCCGGAUGCUGUUCAAGGAUGACUAUCCCUCCUCGCCUCCAAAGUGCAAAUUUGAACCCCCAUUGUUCCAUCCCAAUGUGUAUCCAUCUGGCACGGUUUGCCUGUCAAUCCUGGAGGAGGACAAAGACUGGAGGCCGGCCAUCACAAUCAAACAGAUUUUGUUAGGAAUUCAAGAACUUCUGAACGAGCCGAACAUCCAGGAUCCUGCCCAAGCAGAGGCAUAUACAAUUUACUGCCAAAACAGAGUAGAAUAUGAAAAAAGGGUUCGAGCACAAGCCAAAAAGUUCUCACCAUCCUAAGCAUCAAGAUGUCUGCAUAAUUGAAGGAGUUUGGUUUGACAUGAAUUUUAAUUUUUUUUCCCCCCUUUUGUUCUGCAAGAUCUCCAAAAGUGCUCCAUAUACAGUUACACAUGCUAAAGGACUUAUUCAACGCUGAAUGUGUGUGUAUGUAUAUAUACACACGUACAUUAAAAAAAAUAAAUAAAUAAAAUGAGCGCCAUUUUUGUUGUCCUGAUCCAUGCAUCUUCCAGACUCAUCCUCUGGGCUUUUUGUAUUUUACUGGCAAUAUUGUCAUACAGGGAGGAGUAAUUUAGCUGCAGGUUGCCCCCCCCAUUCUUUAGUACUCAUAUAUGAGCUAAUGACAUCUGUCAGAAUGCUACCAUUGCGGGCAGGUGGAUGGAGUCGCUUGCUUUUAUUCUUUUUAGUCUUCUUUAGGUGCGAGUGACAUGGCGCAAUAGUCUUGCAACUAUCCAAAUUUAAGGUGAUGAAAAGGACUCCAAAAAAUGACUUUGUGUAUAUCAUUUAAUUUCUGUCAAUUUACUUUUAUUUUCACACAGGGUCCAUUAAAUUCUUUGUAUUUUCCAUGGUUUUAAUGAUGUAAAGUUUGCUAUUACUUUAAUGUCAGUAUUUCAACUGCUGUAAAAUUAAACUUUUAUACUUUCUAUGAUUACAGGUCUGUAGAUUCAGCUUUCUGAUGCUGGCCUCGUAUUCAGCAUGUUGAAAUAUGUGAUGCUGCCUUGGCCGUUAUGUUACAUAUACAUACCCACGAAAAGACUAAAUGGCCAUUGUGACUCAAAGGCAGAUGAAUUUGUUUCUCCAUCAGACUUCAUGUUUAUAUGGUGUUUUGUUCAUGUAAGUGUUUAUAAUAAAUAAAAA